AUGGCGGUGAGCUCCAAGAGGGAGGCCUGCGUGCUGGCGGUUCUCGUGGGGCUCUGCAUUGUCGUGCGGACGGUGGUCGCCGGCGGCAGGAUCGACGACGGGCUGGUGCUGGACUGGGGCCACGGGAACGUGUCGCCGGACGGGCAGGUCAUCUCGCUGUAUCUCGACCGGGACGCCGGCGGCUCGGGCUUCCGGUCCAAAGACACGUACAUGUACGCCCGCACCGACCUGCAGAUCAAGCUCGUCCCCAACAACUCCGCCGGCACCGUCACCACCUGCUACUUCAUGUCGGAGGGGUCAUGGGCGAACCACGACGAGAUCGACCUGGAGUUCCUCGGCAACCUCAGCGGGCAGCCCUACACGCUCCACACCAACAUCUACAUCAACGGCACCGGCCAGAAGGAGCAGCAGUUCCACCUCUGGUUCGACCCUACCACCGACUUCCACACCUACUCCAUCGUCUGGACUUCCCUCCACAUCCUCGUGCUUGUGGACGGCACGCCGAUACGGGAGUUCAGGAACAACGCGAACAAGGGCGUGGCGUACCCGUCGUCGCAGCGGAUGCGGCUGUACGGGAGCCUGUGGGACGCCGAGGACUGGGCCACGCAGGGCGGCCGCGUCAAGGCGGACUGGUCGGCGGCGCCCUUCGUCGCGCAGUACCGCAACUUCACCGCCACCGCGUCGUCGCCGGGAGGGUACUCCUACUACGACCAGGAGAUGGACGCGACGGCGCAGCAGAACAUGAAGUGGGCGCGGGACAACUACAUGGUCUACAACUACUGCGCCGACACCAAGAGGUUCUCCAACGGCUCGCCGCCCGAGUGCUACAUGCCGUAG